CUCACACACUCCGGGAGCGGGAGCGCGGCGCGGACGCGGAGCCGCCGGGGCUGCUGCGCCUGUAGCCAGCCGGAGCCGGAACCUGAACCGCAGCGCCAGCCCGAGCCGUGCGAGCCGCAGCCCGGGCCGGGGCUGGUGGUGGCUCAUGGACUGCAAGGCCCGCGGCCGGCGCUGCCCGGAGGCGGCCUUCCUGAUUCCAGAGCCUGCCCGGAUGGGGCCCCUGAGGCCCAGCCCAGGCCCUGGGGGGCGAGGAUUGUCGAUGCCCCCCUUGCUGCUGGCACUGCUGCUACUCCUGCUGGCUCCAUCCCCAGGUCACACCACUCAGGUGGUGUACAAGGUGCUGGAAGAACAGCCACCCAACACCCUCAUUGGGAGCCUCGCAGCCGACUACGGUUUACCAGACGUGGGCCACCUGUACAAACUAGAGGUAGGCGCCCCGUACCUGCGGGUGGAUGGCAAGACAGGCGACAUCUUCACCACCGAGACCUCUAUCGACCGCGAGGGGCUCCGCGAGUGCCAAAACCAGUUCCCUGGUGAGCCCUGCAUCCUGGAGUUCGAGGUGUCCAUCACGGACCUCGUGCAGAAUGGCAGUCCCCGGCUGCUUGAGGGCCAGAUAGAGGUACAGGACAUCAAUGACAACACACCCAACUUCGCCUCACCCGUCAUCACGCUGACCAUCCCCGAGAACACCAACAUUGGCUCGCUCUUCUCCAUCCCAGUGGCUUCAGACCGUGAUGCUGGCCCCAACGGUGUGGCAUCCUACGAGCUGCAGGCCGGGCCUGAGGCCCACGAUCUAUUUGGGCUGCAGGUGGCGGAGGACCAGGAUGGGAAACAGCCACAGCUCAUUGUGAUGGGCAACCUGGACCGGGAGCGCCAGGACUCCUAUGACCUCACCAUCAAGGUGCAGGAUGGUGGCAACCCCCCACGUGCCAGCAGCGCCCUGCUGCGCGUCACUGUGAUGGACACCAAUGACAACGCCCCCAAAUUCGAGCGGCCCUCCUAUGAGGCUGAGCUGUCUGAGAACAGCCCAAUAGGCCACUCGGUCAUCCAGGUGAAGGCCAAUGACUCAGACCAAGGUGCCAACGCAGAGAUAGACUACAUGUUCCACCAGGCACCUGAAGUCGUGAGGCGUCUUCUGCGACUGGACAGGAACACUGGACUUAUCACUGUGCAGGGCCCCGUGGACCGCGAGGACCUGAGUACCCUGCGUUUCUCAGUGCUUGCCAAGGACCGAGGCACCAACCCCAAGAGUGCCCGUGCCCAGGUGGUGGUGACCGUGAAGGACAUGAACGACAACGCCCCCACCAUUGAGAUCCGGGGCAUAGGCCUGGUGACCCAUCAAGAUGGGAUGGCUAACAUCUCAGAGGACGUGUCAGAGGAGACAGCAGUGGCCCUGGUGCAGGUAUCUGACCGAGAUGAGGGAGAGAAUGCAGCUGUCACCUGUGUGGUAGCAGGGGACGUGCCCUUCCAGCUACGCCAGGCCAGUGAGACGGGAAGCGACAGCAAGAAGAAGUACUUCCUGCAGACCACCAGCCCACUGGACUACGAGAAGGUCAAAGACUACACCAUCGAGAUUGUCGCCGUGGACUCCGGCAACCCCCCACUUUCUAGCACCAACUCCCUCAAGGUGCAGGUGGUGGACAUCAAUGACAAUGCCCCUGUCUUCACCCAGAGCGUCACCGAGGUCAGCUUCCUGGAGAACAACAAGCCGGGUGAAGUGGUGGCGGAGGUCACGGCCAGUGAUGCCGACUCGGGCUCCAAUGCUGAGCUGGUUUACUCCCUGGAGCCUGAGCCGGCCGCCAAGGGCCUCUUCACCAUUUCACCUGAGACUGGGGAGAUCCGGGUAAAGACAUCCCUUGAUCGGGAACAGCGGGAAAACUACGAAUUGAAGGUGGUGGCAGCUGACCGGGGUAGCCCCAGCCUGCAGGGCACAGCCACUGUCCUCAUCAAUGUGCUGGACUACAAUGACAAUGACCCCAAGUUUAUGCUAAGUGGCUACAACUUCUCCGUGAUGGAGAACAUGCCAGCACUGAGUCCGGUGGGCAUGGUGACUGUCAUUGAUGGGGACAAAGGGGAGAAUGCCCGAAUACAGCUCACAGUGGAGCAGGACAAUGGUGACUUUGUGAUCCAGAAUGGCACAGGCACCAUCCUCUCCAGCCUGAGCUUCGAUCGGGAGCAGCAAAGCACCUACACCUUCCAGCUGAAGGCGGUGGACGGUGGCGUCCCACCUCGCUCAGCUUACGUUGGCGUCACGAUCAACGUGCUGGAUGAGAAUGACAAUGCACCCUUUAUCACCGCCCCUUCCAACACCUCCCACCAGCUGCUGACCCCCCAGACACGUCUUGGUGAGACGGUCAGCCAGGUGACAGCUGAGGACAUUGACUCUGGUGUCAAUGCUGAGCUGAUCUAUAGCAUUGCUGGUGGCAACCCUUACGGACUCUUCCAGAUUGGGUCACAUUCAGGUGCCAUCACCCUGGAGAAGGAGAUUGAGCGGCGCCACCACGGGCUGCACCGUCUAGUGGUGAAGGUCAGCGACCGGGGCAAGCCCCCGCGCUAUGGCACAGCCUUGGUCCACCUUUACGUCAAUGAGACCCUGACCAACCGCACGCUGCUGGAGAACCUGCUGGGCCACAGCCUGGAUACGCCACUGGACAUCGACAUUGCUGGGGAUCCAGAAUAUGAGCGCUCCAAGCAGCGUGGCAACAUCCUCUUCGGUGUGGUGGCUGGUGUGGUGGCCGUGGCCUUGCUCAUCGCCCUGGCAGUGCUCGUGCGCUACUGCCGGCAGCGCGAGGCCAAGAGUGGCUACCAGGCCGGUAAGAAGGAGACCAAGGACCUGUACGCCCCCAAGCCCAGCAACAAAGCCUCCAAGGGAAACAAAAGCAAGGGCAAGAAGAGCAAGUCCCCGAAGCCCGUGAAGCCAGUGGAGGACGAGGAUGAGACCGGGCUGCAGAAGUCCCUCAAGUUCAACCUGAUGAGCGAUGCCCCCGGGGACAGCCCCCGCAUCCACUUGCCCCUCAACUACCCGCCGGGCAGCCCUGACUUGGGCCGCCACUACCGCUCUAACUCCCCACUGCCUUCCAUCCAGCUGCAGCCACAGUCGCCCUCAGCCUCCAAGAAGCACCAGGUGGUGCAGGACCUGCCGCCUGCAAACACAUUCGUGGGCACUGGGGACACCACGUCCACGGGCUCUGAGCAGUACUCCGACUACAGCUACCGCACCAAUCCCCCCAAAUACCCCAGCAAGCAGUUACCUCACCGCCGCGUCACCUUCUCCGCCACCAGCCAGGCCCAGGAGCUACAGGACCCGUCCCAGCACAGUUACUACGAUAGUGGCCUGGAGGAGUCCGAGACGCCAUCCAGCAAGUCAUCCUCAGGGCCCCGACUCGGUCCCCUGGCUCUGCCUGAGGAUCACUAUGAGCGCACCACCCCCGAUGGCAGCAUAGGAGAGAUGGAGCACCCUGAGAACGACCUGCGCCCUUUGCCUGAUGUCGCAAUGACGGGCACAUGUACCCGGGAGUGCAGCGAGUUUGGUCACUCUGACACAUGCUGGAUGCCCGGCCAGUCGUCUCCCAGCCGCCGGACCAAGAGCAGCGCCCUCAAACUCUCCACCUUCGUGCCUUACCAGGACCGAGGAGGGCAGGAGCCUGCGGGCGCCGGCAGCCCCAGCCCCCCGGAAGACCGGAACACCAAAACGGCCCCCGUGCGCCUCCUGCCCUCCUACAGUGCCUUCUCCCACAGUAGCCAUGAUUCCUGCAAGGACUCGGCCACCUUGGAGGAAAUCCCCCUGACCCAGACCUCGGACUUCCAACCGGCAGCCGCACCGGCAUCUGCCCAGACGGCCAAGCGCGAGAUCUACCUGUGAGCCCCCUUCUGGCCUGCGGCCACCCCCUUGUCCAGCCGCCGGCCAGCUCCCAGAUGGGCCCAUUCCAGGGCCCCACUCCUGACCCCUCCAGCGUGGACUUCCUGGCCAGGGCCCCAAGUUGGGGGGGGCAGUACUGGCCUCAUGACCACGCUGGCCCUUCCCCUAUGCAGGGUCCAGGUCCUCUUCCCUCACUUCAGCCCCCAGCCCCCACGGAGCCCCUUCUUCCCCUUCCUGGGGCUUCCCCAGCUGAUGCCCAAGAGAGCUCUUCUACAGUGACUAGGCUCCCAUCCCUCGACUUCCAGGGAGCACCCCCUUCUUUGGGUAGAUGGUGGAAUCAAGGGUGGGCAACACACUUUUAACGCAUUGUUUCCCGCAUGGCCGACCAGGGCGGAGAUAGGAUGCCCCCAUUCCAGCACUGAAGCAGGGCUGAACUGGGGAGCCCCUCUCCCUGGGAACUCCCAGAGGAAUCUCCUGAUCACCAGGGGCUCCCUGAAGGGCUUUUGUUACCAAAGGCACCGCCCCCUACCCCUCCGGUUCGGUUCGUUUCCGGUUUGUUUGCUGAGCUGUCAAUGAAAGACCCGUGUAAUUAUUCCCAAGCUUUACAAUAAAAGUGUGAAAACCGGA